UAGUUUCGCUAGAAAUUCUAGCACACUGUAACUUGUCUUUUUUCCAAUUCUCACCAUCAAUUACAUCAUCGUUGAGCCACGACCUAGCAUUUCGUUUCACGAUGGACGACGAGCUCUUCAACGUUUUCGAGGACAAGCCUGACAAGGUCAAAUCGGAACCUCAAACUUCCCCGGCUGCAAGACCACCUAAAUCUAAGAAAAAGAGCAAGAAGCGGAAGGCUGAUGGAGGCAUGAAAAAUGGAAAUGCUACUGUCGCAUCUGCACCUUCUGUGCCUGAAGUUGAUAUGGCCGACGUUGCGCCUACUUCCCCAGAGGAUGACGAUGCUGAAGAUGCGACAUCUGAGAACCACGGAGACAGCAAGCGAAGACGCAAGAACGACGUCGCCGAACCUGUAUUAACAGAUACGUUCGAGACGGCAGAAUCAAGAGAAGUCGCGGCAGCAGCUGGAUUUGCCCCAACUAAAGAAGAGGCAUCGCUAGUUCUAUCGCACAACAUCCAACAUCAAGUCGCACUUCCCCCGGAUCUCGAUUAUGAGUACGUUCCACUGUCUGAACACAAGCCACCCGAGAACCCUGCACGAACCUGGCCAUUCACGCUCGAUCCCUUCCAGCGCCUCUCGAUCUCCUCUAUUGAACGAGAUGAGAGUGUCCUAGUGUCGGCGCAUACGAGUGCCGGAAAGACCGUUGUAGCCGAAUAUGCCAUUGCGCACUGUCUCAAGCAGAACCAGCGAGUCAUCUACACGAGUCCCAUCAAGGCGUUGAGUAACCAGAAAUACCGAGAAUUCAACGAGGCUUUCGGUGACGUUGGUCUCAUGACCGGUGAUGUUACCAUCAAUCCUACUGCUAGUUGUCUUGUUAUGACAACCGAAAUUUUGCGGUCUAUGCUGUACCGAGGUUCCGAGAUAAUGCGAGAAGUUGCUUGGGUCGUCUUCGACGAGAUCCACUACAUGCGAGAUAAGUCGCGUGGUGUAGUAUGGGAAGAGACCAUCAUUCUACUUCCCGAUAAGGUCCGAUAUGUCUUCUUAUCUGCUACUAUUCCCAAUGCUUUCCAAUUCGCCGAGUGGAUUGCGAAGAUCCACCGACAAGCUUGCCAUGUCGUCUAUACCGAUUUCAGACCGACACCUCUGCAGAACUACUUCUUCCCGGCUGGCGGAUCAGGCAUAUUCCUAGUCGUGGACGAGAAGGGAGUGUUCCGAGAGCAUAAUUUCAACAAGACCAUGCAGCUAAUAGAGGAUCGCAAGGCUGCUGAGGCUAAUGAUCCCGACGGUAAACAGAAGGGCAAAGGAAAGCAUAAGAAGAAUUUCAAGGGCAACAACUCUGAUAGUCAAGCUGAUAUUCAGAAGAUUGUGAAGAUGAUCAUGAACAAGAAUUUCAAUCCCGUCAUUGUUUUUAACUUCAGCAAGAGGGAGUGUGAAAUGAUGGCCUUGACAACUUCGAAAUUUGCAUUCAACGACGAUAGCGAGAAGGCCAUGGUACGGAAGGUGUUUGUGAGCGCCAUCGAGUCCUUAUCUGAGGAAGAUCGCGAACUCCCGCAAAUUCAAAACAUUCUCCCCCUCUUGGAGAAGGGAAUCGGCGUCCAUCAUUCCGGUCUCCUGCCCAUCCUGAAGGAAACCAUCGAAAUUCUCUUCCAGGAGGGUUUAAUCAAGGUUCUAUUCGCGACGGAGACUUUCUCUAUCGGCUUGAACAUGCCUGCAAAGACAGUCGUUUUCACCAAAGUCACGAAGUGGGAUGGUGUUUCUACACGACCCCUAACUCCAUCUGAGUAUAUCCAAAUGUCUGGGCGUGCAGGUCGUAGAGGUCUUGAUGAGCGUGGUAUUGUCAUCAUGAUGAUUGACGACAAGAUGGAGCCGGAAACCGCCAAGAACAUCGUCGUUGGUCAGCAGGAUCGACUCAAUUCAGCCUUCUACUUAGGUUACAAUAUGGUUUUGAACUUACUCAGAAUCGAUGCAAUUAACCCCGAGUUCAUGCUGGAAAACUGUUUCUUCCAGUUCCAGAAUACUGCGAGUGUCGCUGGUCUCGAGCAGGAGUUGAUGAAGCUUCAGAAAGCGCGAGACGAAAUGGUUAUCCCAGAUGAGGCCACCGUCAAGGACUACUACGGCCUGCGACAGCAGAUUACCCAGUAUACCAAAGACAUGCUAGCUGUCAUUCAGCAUCCCAAUUAUUGUCUCGAGUAUCUCCAACCAGGAAGGCUUGUGCAAAUUGCCAACCCAAAGACGGGUAAGGAUUUUGGUUGGGGUGUUGUUGUCAACGCCACGAAGCGCAAGGACCCGAAAUUUGGCGAGAAGGAAUACCCUCCCCAAGAAUCGUAUUUCAUAGAUGUCUUCCUUCGCCUCGACCCAAAUUGCGAUCCCUUUGGACCUGCUAAUCCUUCGGUGGAGAUGCCGGAAGGUGCUCGAGCCAGUGAUCCCAACCAAGACAGCAUCUUCGAGGUCGUACCCUGCAUGCUCACAUGUAUUAAAGCACUGAGUCAGAUAAGAGUGUUCAUGCCUAAGGAUGUGACUAGCCGGGAGGAUAUUGAAGGAGUGCGUAAGCAAACGCUCAAGGCUCUUAAAGAGGUCGAGCGACGGUUCCCCGAUGGAUUACCCAUCUUGGACCCUAUUGAGAACAUGAAUAUCACCGACGACUCGUUCAAGAAACUUCUUCGCAAGAUUGAGGUUUUGGAGUCACGAUUACUAGCUAACCCACUUCACGGUUCGCCUAUGUUACCAGGCUUGUGGGAACAGUACUCGGCAAAGAUUGCCCGCAAUGAAGAGAUCAAGGCUCUCAAGAAGAAGAUUGGCAAAGCCCAUUCUAUCGCGCAGCUAGACGAACUCAAGUCAAGAAAAAGAGUUUUACGGCGUCUCGGCUUCAUCAACGAAUCCGAAGUGGUUCAGAUGAAGGCUCGGGUUGCUUGUGAGAUAUCCUCAACGGAAGGUCAUGAGUUACUAUUGUCUGAGCUACUAUUUAACCGGUUCUUCAACGAACUUUCUCCUGAGCUAUGCGCCGCUAUUCUAAGCGUAUUCAUCUUUGAGGAGAAGGUAGAAGCACAAGCUCUACCUGACGAGUUGAUGAAGCCGUAUUCGCAAGUACAGGCUCAGGCGCGAAUCAUUGCCAAAGUCAGCCAAGAGAGCAAGCUGGAAGUGAACGAAGAGGAAUAUGCCCAAAGUUUGAAGUGGCAACUCAUGGAGACUGUAUAUGCCUGGGCAAAUGGAAAAUCAUUUGCCGAAGUCUGCAAAAUGACCAACGCCUACGAGGGUUCCUUAAUUCGACUCUUCCGACGACUCGAAGAGCUCCUACGCCAGAUGGCGCAAGCAGGAAAGGUUAUGGGUAGUGAAGAGCUAACAACCAAGUUCGAGGAGAGUUUAGCGAAGAUCCGCCGCGACAUCGUGGCCGCCCAAUCUCUUUACUUAUAAGACGAUUUUUCCAACGAGUUCCGUGUUCGAUGAUUUUCUUGGACGCAUACCUAUCAUAUAAAGGUAAGUGGAUGGAUGAGGAUUCAUAGUCAGAUUCGGAGCCUACGAUUAUGAUUUAUGGAGUUUUGGGGAGGGGAUACCACUUGUUUCAAGAUCGAUGAGAGAGACUGGACCUAAUAGGGUUUCAUUGCGUUUCUUUCGAGGCGUAACCACCUCUUGAGAUCUUAGAUUCUUUAGUGUGUG